AUGGCUUUCCAGUUCUCGAACAGCAUUCCUGUCACCAGCCAAGUACGACAACCCAAGAGUUCAGAGUCCAUCCAGUCCUUUGCGCAGAGACAGCGAGUCCUGCGCCAGCCUCCUAGUGCAGAGUCGGUACAGGCUUUCGCAGCCCGGAAAGCUCUUGAUGCAUAUAAGCGCGAUGUUGGCAAUGUCCCGACUUUGUACAACAUCGAGACAAAGGAGCCGCUCCCACUGGCACGCGCGAAGGGCUGCUGGUCGGAGACAUCAACGGAGGUCGAUUCGCAGUCUCCGCAUUCGUCUUUUCAUCGUUCAUGGAACCUACCAUUGUGGUGGACGGCGGCAUUGACAGUGAUCCCAGUGCUGGCUUUUACAGCAACAUUCAUCGCGUUAAUCGCUGCACACCGCAUCACUACUGAUUCAGACAGCCCCUUCAGCAAUGAGCAACAUUCGAGCACCGGUCGAUCGAACAUACUGGUACAAUUCUCCUCGACCCGACUUGUUUUCAUCGCAGGCUUUGGCAGCACCGUUGCCCCGAUGAUUCUCGGGAGCUUGAUGACUCUAUGGCACUAUCCGACAUCACUCAAGUUGUUCGAGUCGUCCUCGGAAGGCGACACAAACCGCCUGCCAACCCCGCAACAGCUCAGCAUGCUCAUCGGCCUUUCCGCAGGUUCACUCGAAGCGCUCCGCAAGUAUGUCUUGUAUCGAUGCCGACGAUUUCGUGCUAAGAAAGCCACCAUCCUCACUUCUUCCGCAGCUAUUCUCCUAGCUAGCGCGAUACUGGCAGGACUCGUCCUCCUGGCGGAUGUGGGAAUACACAACUUCACGUCGACCGUUCCCAUCAGCCUGUCCAUCGUGGAGCAUGAAAAUAUCGGCAGUAAUGGGCGAGGCCUUGCACCACACUGCAUCGGCUUCGAUCGAGGGAACGCCAUAGCGUUUGAUUCAGGCGAGAUUAUUGCUAUGGGGGCGAAUCGAUCCAAGAUUAACAGUGCCUGGCAAGCUCAAGAUCCAGAGAACCCAGCCCAGGACCUGAUCCUGUUGACGCCACAGCCGAGCUUGCUCGACUCGGACCAAGACUUCGUGGCGUCAACCGUCGCGGUGUCGACACAGUGCUUUCCAUCAACACAGCAAUGCAAUGUCCGGGUUCACGAAGGUGAUAGCCAGAACGACACAUACAUCUUGUUUAACUGCACCGAAAACUUCAGAGGAGUACUCGGCGCACCCGAGACUCUUGCUGCAGACACCGUGACCUGGACUCGAACCGACUCAACUACGCCAGAUUUCAACUUUAAGCUUGACCGCAACUUUCAGCGUACCUGGCGAAGCAGCCGACUCGUCGGGCGCAUCUCCCUGCCCGACGACAAGCUCCUCACGACCUACUACCUCGCCAUCGCCGGCCUCGUCCCUGUCCAGAAUAACGCCGAGGGCCAAGCCCUCCUUGCCGACUCUCCAUCCGCGCUCGCGCUACCUGGAAGCCCACUCAUCGCCUACACCCUCAACUGCAGCGUCACCGCCCACGACGUCAACUACACAUGGUCCAAUAACGCGAUCCACUCCCUAACGUCCCACCCCACGACCAACGGCAGCAUCCUCGAGCUCGCCCAUAGCAUGCAAGCCAUGGGCAUGCCCUCCCUCAGCCAAGCCCAGUCCCUCGCCUCCCUCACAGACUCCAUGACCUCCUUCGCACGCUCCUACGCAAACCUUCACUCCCAGGACACCAUCGCCCUCAUCGCCUCCGUCAUGACGCCCCGCACCAACAUAGACCAAGCCCGCCGCUCGUCGAUCCUCGUCGCCUCCGUGCCACUGUGGGCGUUCAUGGCUCUAGUCGCUGCGAACUCGCUGUUUGUGCUCUUCGCGUUAGUACUCGCGGUGCGUGCGCUAUACCUGUCCUCGCCGGAGACGAGGGACAUGGUGGCGAAGUUGAGCGUUGAGGGACUAGCGGCCGCGGCGUUUGAGGAUCGAGGUGGGAAGCAGGACCCGGGCGGGAUUGUGGCGGAUCCGGAUGAGAUGUUUGAGGAGAGCCGGAUUGGGGUUGCGAGUCGGAGGAUAGCGUUGCGGCGGGCGGUCGGUGGGACGGUGGCGUUGAGGAUCGAGCAGCCGCAUUUGUGA